AUGGUCCACUCCAGCAGAGAUGUGCAUACUAAUGACCAUUAUUUGCAAGUUGUGCCUGUUGUUCAAUCUCCGCAUGUUAUUGUUGCUGAGCCUCCCUUGCAUACUGCUUCAAAUUUUGGAAAAAAUGGUGAAAUCAGUGGUGAAAACAGCACAUGCAAUAACAAUGCAGAACAGGACGAAGAAAGAGCGCCAGUCGACACUGAUCCCGAGGCUGAUUCUCUGUCAAAAUCCGCCUCAGAUCGGCCCCCUGACGCUGCCACGCUCGGCCGUCUCCGUCCGCACCAACGACCUGGUGACAUGUCGCCUGCAGGCGCGCGGUCCACGCUGCGCCGGUCCCGCUCGCCUGUCGCCUUCACGCGCUUUCUGGCGACGCCAUCAUCGCCUGGUCCCGCCGAGCGAUCCCGCCGGUCCCUGUCACUUGUUCUUCACCAACCGGAGCUGGCCACGUCGCCUCCUCCUGACGCUUCCUCCACGCGGGAACCGGAGCCAGCUGCGGACAGCCCUGCGUUGUCGGCUGACAGCGCUGAUCCCGGAGAUGAUCCUGCUGCUGGCUUGUCUCCGCCAGGAUCGUCUGUGCAGCCGACUGUUGCACCUCCUCCUACAACUGGAGAACCAAAGAAUAUUCCUGAGGCUCUUACAGACACAAACUGGAAGAGUGCUAUGCAGGAAGAAUAUAAUGCUCUUCUUGCCAACAACACAUGGCAUCUUGUUCCCCCUAGUUCCAAACACAAUGUUAUUGGUUGCAAAUGGGUCUAUCAUAUCAAGAAAAAUGCUGAUGAUUCUCUGACAUUAACAGAUGGCUCUCCUCUUGGUCCUGAUGAUAUUACUCAUUACAGAAGCAUUGUUGGUGGUCUAAAAUACUUGACUAUGACUAGACCUGAUAUUUCUUUUUCAGUUAAUACGAGAUCACCUUCUACUCUUCUUAGUGCUUUUUCAGAUGCAGAUUGGGCAGGUGAUUUGGAUGAUAGACACUCUACUGGAGGUUUUGCUAUAUUCUUUGGUCCCAAUCUGAUCUCUUGGAGUGCUCGGAAACAACCUACUGUGUCUCGUUCUAGUACAGAGACUGAAUAUAAGGCACUUGCCAAUGCAACUGAGCUUAUUUGGGUUGAAGCUCUUGUUACAGAACUUGGUGUUACACUCAGGGAAAAACCAUGUCUAUGGUGUGAUAAUCUUGGUGCCACCUAUCUGUCUGCUAAUCCCGUGUUUCAUGCUCGCACUAAGCACAUUGAGAUUGAUUUUUUCUUUGUUAGAGAGCGUGUUGCUAAACACUUGCUUGAUAUCAGGUUUAUCUCCAGUAAAGAUCAGAUUGUAGAUGGUUUUACCAAGACUCUAUGCUCCAAGAAACUAGAUGAGUUUAAGCGUAAUCUUAACCUCUCCCAGGUUUCGAUUAACGGGUGGUUUUGCAUCCUUGCACCAGCAAUGGAGGAUGGCUUCUUCACCACACCCGUGCUCCUCCUCUGCAUCACCCUUGUAGUCGCCCUGAUGUUCCUGCUUCGCCAUAGGCGGAAGGCACAGUUGCCUCCCGGCCCACCGGCCCUGCUCUUCCUCGCCAAGUUCUUGGCGCUCCGGCGGUCCAUCUUUGACCUUCUCCCGCUCCUCCUAGAGCUCCAUGCACGCUAUGGCCCAGUCAUAUCCGUUCACCUCUUUCAGACGUUCGUCUUCAUCCGGGACCGCCACGUGGCCCAUCGCGUGCUCGUCCAGGCCGGCGCCACCUUCGCCGACCGGCCCCGGAAAUCGGACCCAGAGCUCCUAUUCUCCGCCGGCGGCCGCGACAUCACCUCGUCGCCAUACGGUCCCUACUGGCGCCUUCUCCGCCGGAACCUCGUCGUAGGGUCUCUUAGCCCAGCACGAGUCCGAGAGUUCGCCCCGGCGAGAAGGUGGGCUUGUGACGCCCUUGUCAGCAACCUCCUCCGUGCGCAAAAAUGCGGCGGUGCGCUGGAGUCAAAGCCGAAGGUUGUCGUCCCGGUCAGACCACUCCUGCGGCGGGCCAUGUUCGAGCUGCUGGUGUACAUGUGCUUCGGCGUGCGGCUCCAGCACGAGGUGCUCGACGAGAUCGAGGAGCUCCAGAACUCGGCGCUGUGCUCCAUCACCGCCUUCCCGGUCUUCGCUUUGUUCCCGGCGAUCACCAAGAGGCUCUUCCGGAAGCGGUGGGCGGAGUACGUGGAGCUCCGCCGGAGGCUGGACGGGAUCUUCACCCCUCUCAUCUACUCCACCACGCGUGACGACACACCGCCGUGCUACGCUGACUCGCUGCAAGCGAUACGCGUGGCAGACGAAGGCGGCCGCCCGCUCACGGAGAUGGAGAAGGUCAGCCUCUGUUGCGAGUUCCUGGAUGGAGGCACGGACACCACCGUCACCUUGCUGGAGUGGACCAUGGCCGAGCUAGCCAGCCGUCCCGACAUCCAGAGCAAGGUCUACGAGGAGGUAAAGUCAUCUGCAGAGUUCAGUGACUGCGACCGGCUGGCGACGCCAUACCUGAAGGCCGUCAUCCUUGAGAGCUUGCGGCUACACCCGCCAAGCCACUUCGUCCUACCGCACGGCACAAAGAACGAUGCCAUAAUCGAGGGUUACGAGGUGCCCAAGGGCGCACAGCUCAACUUCUUGGUGGCCGAGAUCGGCCGUGAUCCCGCGGUCUGGACAGACGCGCUGGAGUUUAGGCCAGAGAGAUUCUUGGAUGGCGGCGAGGGCUGCGGCGUGGACAUCACGGGGAGCAGGGAGAUCAAGAUGAUGCCGUUCGGAGCUGGCCGUAGGAUGUGCCCCGCGUACUCCCUUGGCAUGCACCAUGCCGAGUACUUCCUAGCGAGGCUGGUGAGGGAGAUGGAGUGGCGGCCAGCGGUGGAGGGAGAGGCGGUGGACAUGACGGAGAAGUUGUACUUCACCACUGUGAUGAAGCAUCCCCUCCAUAUACGCAUCAUCGCCAGAAGCUAAGUAUUGUCUGCGAACUGCUGUGGCAUAC